AGAUGCUCCCCCACCCUUUUUUUGAACCACCUCUAGGACUCUCCUCUUUCAUUAUUGCUUUGACUGUCUCACCUCAUAAGUCCUCCAUAUCUACAUUUGGCAGGUUACAAUGGACCAUAAGUUCUGUAUCAGAUUGUACAUCUUUUGUGCGUCUCAGUCGGUGAUGGCUUUUAACAUUGAUCCUGUUACCUGGAAAACCUUCACUCCACCUUCACCUUCACAGAGUCAAAAUGUUGCCUUUGGCUAUAAGGUGAUACAGAAAGACACAAGAAGUCUACUUGUGAGUGAUCCUUUAAUACAACUCAGUCAAACUCAAAGAGGACAAAUAUAUCGCUGUGCCGUGACUGAAGGAAACUGCAAGCCACUGUCCAUUACUGUCACCAAUGAAGCUGUCAACAUGUCCCUUGGACUUUCAAUGUCUCUAGAUCUUCAGUCUUCAAGAGCAGUGGUUUGUGGUCCAACCAUACCUAAGAACUGUGAUGAAAUAACCACUUACAAUGGAAUGUGCUUUAAAAUCAAUCCAGAUAAUAUUGUGAGCAGACCUGUGCCAGAGACUCUGAGAGAAUGCCCAACAUCACAAAUUGAUAUUGCUUUUUUACUGGAUGGAUCUGGAAGUGUAGACUCUGUGGAUUUUAAUAAGAUGAAGGCUUUUGUUAUAGAAAUGAUCAAAAGUUUUAUAGACCGUGAUACACGGUUUGCCAUUGCACAGUUUUCUUCACAAUGUUUCAUUCAUUACAAGUUUCAACAAGUCAAAAACACAAUGGCAUGGCAAGAUGCAGUGAAACAGAUAUCUCAACAGAGAGGAUGGACCUACACUGCAGCAGCUAUAAGAAAACUUGUUAAUGAGUUAUUCGUAAGUAGUGGAGGUGCAAGACCAUCAGCCAAUAAAAUUUUGGUUGUUAUCACGGAUGGUGAAUCAACUGAUCCAGAUGAUUUGACUGCAGCUGUUCAACAAGCACAAGCUAAAAAUAUAAUACGAUAUGCUAUUGGGGUUGGCAAUGCUUUUAAUAGUGACACAGCAAGAAGGGAGCUGGAAACUAUUGCAUCUUUACCCUCCAAUAAUCAUGUGUUCAGAGUAAAUGAUUUUGACGCGCUGGAAAGCAUUCGUGAAAAACUCAAAGAGAACAUUAUCGCCAUUGAAGGAACCCAGACCUCUGGAGAUUCAUCUCGAAUGGAGUUUGCACAGGACGGGUUUAGUGCAGCAUUUACAUCAAAUACAGAUAUGAUAAUGACUGCAGUGGGAGCUUUCCAGUCGAAGGGUGGAUAUCAGCUGUACAAAGCAAAUGAUAAUUCAGCUGUCUUUCAAGCUGGAAAUGAGCAUGACAGUUAUUUAGGUUAUUCCUUGGCAAUAGCAACAAUGUGGGGAUCAAAGUAUGCAGUCAUGGGAGCACCAAGACACAAGCAUAAGGGACAAGUUACUGUUUCAAGAAUUGAUCGAAGUGAUGUAAAACAACUGGAUCCUCCUAAGCCUCAGAUUGGCUCAUAUUUUGGAGCUGAGGUGUGUGUGGUGGAUUUGAACCAUGACUCCAAUACAGACCUACUUUUGGUAUCGGCACCAACAUUCAUUGAGUCUGACCGGGAGGGCAUAGUGUUUGUUUACAUCUUCACACAUCCGGUCAGAACUUCAUUUUUGUCGUAUACACUGGUGGGCAUGGCAGGUCAGAGGGGUCGGUUUGGCUCUUCUCUGGCCAGUCCAGCAGAUCUGGAUGGUGAUGGUUUCAUGGAUGUGUUGAUUGGAGCUCCUUUAGAGGAGGAUGGACAGGGCAGCAUCUACAUCUUCAAUGGGAGAAAUGGAGUUAUCAUUUCAAAAUGCUCACAGAGGAUUGUUGGAUCGUCUGUGGAACCAGGUUUGCAGUUCUUUGGGAUUUCAUUGAGUCAAUCUUCUCUAGACCAGAGUCAAGACAACCUUCCUGAUAUUGCUGUUGGGUCCAAGGGAGCAGUUCUGCUUCUCAGGUCCAGACCCAUCAUGCUCUUGGAAACCAAAGUAAAUUACAGCCCAACCAAAAUACCAACCGGUGAAACAGACUGUGCAAAGCAAUUGCAAAACACCCUGACAGUGUGCUUCACCAUGAGUGCAUACCAACAUCUCAUAACAGGUUUGAAUGCAAAUAUUAAUUACACCAUAAUGCUGGAUGCCAAGCGACUGAAAUAUCGAGCAACCUUCUCACCCAAAAACCGGCUCCACAGUGAUGUGAUGAACAUUGGGUUGAAAAAAGUAUGCAAAAGUCAUGCUUUCUUCAUAGAGGCUUGUUCAGAAGAUGCUCUGAACCCACUGUCCAAUCAGUUAAAUUUCACAUUUGAGGGUCUUCCAUUAGCAAGAAUGCAAAAUUUGAGACCAGUACUGCUGCCUGAGAUAAAGACCUCCACAGACCACAAUCUAGAUUUUGAGAUAAACUGUGGAACUGAUAAUUUAUGUAUUGACGACCUCCGAAUGAAUUUCAAUUUCUCUGGGGCUACAAACAUAGAGGUUGGGAUAAUGCAGGAGAUCAACGUGACAGUGUUUGUAGAGAACAGAGGAGAAAACUCAUACAACACUCUCUUCACCCUCAAAUACCCCUUUGGACUUUCCUACAGGAGAUUCACAUCUAAACAGGGCAGAGUGGAGUGUGUGUCUCUGGAUGCUGAGAGAGGAGUUACACUGGGAGAAACCAACUGCCAAAUCAGUAAACCCAUCCUCAAGGGAAACACUCAGGUUGUGUUUGACAUUACAUACAGUAUUAAUAAAGAAAGUACACUGGGCCAAAAUGUGACGUUUGCUGCUGAGGUCACGAGUGGAAAUGACAAACACUCAAACGACAGUGAGUUUAAAAAUCAGAAAACCAUCGAUGUCAAAUACGCCAUCUAUAUUGCCUUGAUAAGGCAUGAAAAUUCCACCAUCCACAUUAAUUUUACUUCAGGGAAAAGGGAUCUUAUGAAACCCAUCCAGCAGAUAAUAAGGGUUCAGAAUGACCUCAAAGAAAUAACUUUCAAAGUGUUCAUCAGAGUACCAGUGAAACUUGGUGAUAAUGACAUCUGGACUAAUUCAAAUCUGCAAAUUUAUGGCUGUAAAAGUGAGAACAUGGAGAUGCCUGUUAUCACCAAUUUUACAUUGUUGGAUGUUGUUAAAAAUCAUCGUGUGGUGAACUGCUCUGUGGCGGUGUGUGCCGUGUUCAGCUGUGACGUCAAUCUCAUAAAGAAUGAAUGGAAACUCUAUUAUAUAUCUGGCAAUGUGAGCUCUGGAUGGAUUGAGCAGACUGGACUCAGAGCUGCUGUGUUUGAGUUGAUCAGUUCAGUGUCUCUGGAUUAUGACAAGAGCAAAUAUAUUUUCUUUUCCUCUGAUUCUCAAGGCACUGCACCGUCUCUCCAGAUUAACACUCAAGUGGAGGUGUAUGAGGAACCGAACCUGAUCAAAGAGAUCAUUGGAGGAGUGAUAGGAGGACUGCUGCUACUGGCUCUCAUCACUGCGAUCCUCUAUAAGGCUGGGUUCUUCAAAAGCCAGUAUAAGCAGAUGCUGCAGGAGGCGCAGGGGGAUGAAGGAGGAGAACCAAACAUGACACAAUAAUGUGCACUCAAACAGUUAUAAGAUUUAUGUACUGAUUGUGUUUUGUGGGCUUCAGAAUGAAACAUGAAUAUACAGCUCAUUGUAGCAACAUAGUUCAGACUGAUUUAGAACAAUUUAUUUAAAUGAAAACUGGACAAUUUUGAAGUUAUUUCAGAUUACUCAUCAUCUUAUCAGUGAGCACAACGAGUUACCACAAUGAAAGUAUUUAUAGCCUUUCAAAUAUUUGACUUCCUUUUUUGUUAUGAAAACUGAUAAUGACUGAGUAUGAACUGUAGCAGAAAUAUUAGAAAUAUUGGAGGAUCUUUUUCUCACAUGCACAUUGUUUUUGAGAUGUUUUCUAUGGAAGCUUGUUUCCACCACGGAAUUAAAAAAUACAAAAGGUAAUUUCGACUUUGUAACUUUUUUUCUCUGAAUAGCGAAAGACAAACUUGCAAGUCAGAGAAAAAAGUUUCAAUUGUGAGAUAUAAAAUCCAGUUCUGAGGAAAAAUUGUAUUUGUAUCAUAAUUCUGACUUUAUAGUUUGCAAUUGCAAGAUAAUAUCUCGCAAUUCAGAGAAAAAAAAAGUCGUAAUUGUGAGAUAUAAAUUCGACUUUUUAAAUUUUUUUAUUGAGUGGCGGAAACAAGCUUCCAUAGUUUAUUAUUUUUUUUUUUUGCUAUGUUUCUUCAUGUUUUCAUAAUAGGGAUGCGCACUGGGUGUAGAUGUUUAAUGUUUUCUGCUUUAUAUAAAGAUUUUUUUUUUUUUUCUUCAAUAUUGGUAUAUUUAAAAAUGGCACUUGUUGGUAUAAGGAAAUUAAAAUAUAUUUAAAUAAAAUAAUUUUGGCAUUA